AUGUCUAAAAGAUCUGCUCCUGAGGACGCUAUCGAACAGCUGAGUGUAUCUGCUGUCAAGACCUCCAAGGAAUCCGUACCUAAAUCCAAUGUCGUAGAGGAAAAUGACAUCGACAUGGGGGAGUUUGAAGAUCCGUACGGAGACGAGUUUGAGAGUGAUGGGGAAAUUAUUGAAGUCGAUUCUGCUGAAGAUGACGAUGAGGAAUUGGACCCAGAAGCUGUUGCCAAGAAGAUCGAGCUGGAAGAACAGAGAGAGCAACAAGAAGAAGAAUCCACUAUUUAUCUUCCACAUAGAUCCAAACCAUUGGGACCGGAUGAAGUCUUAGAAGCCGAUCCUACAGUAUACGAGAUGUUACAUAAUGUUAAUUUGCCAUGGCCCUGUUUAACUGUUGAUAUUUUACCGGAUAACCUUGGUAACGAAAGAAGAACAUAUCCCGCUUCGCUUUAUUUGACUACUGCUACCCAGGCUUCGCGGGGAAAUGCCAAUGAGUUGAUCACUAUGAAGUUGUCUUCCUUAGCGAAAACUUUGGUUAAGGACGAUGAAGAAGAUGAUGAAGACGACAAUGAAGACGAAGACGAAGAUGUGGACCCAGUUAUGGACUCAGAAAUUAUUUCAUUGAAGCACACCACUAAUAGAAUCAGAGUGUCUCCUCAUGCUUCGCAAACUGGCGAGUACUUGACAGCCACCAUGUCUGAAAGUGGCGAAGUUCUCAUUUUCGACGUAGCAUCGCAAUUUAAAGCAUUUGACACUCCUGGAUUUGUAGUCCCCAAGGGUGCCAAAAGACCUAUCCAUACUAUUAGAACUCAUGGAAAUGUAGAAGGCUAUGGUUUGGAUUGGUCCCCUUUAAUCAACACUGGUGCCUUGUUAUCUGGAGACUUGACUGGCAGAGUUCAUUUGACUUCUAGAACUACAUCCAACUGGGUUACAGACAAAACCCCUUUUUUUGCAUCUCAAUCCUCCAUUGAAGACAUCCAGUGGUCUACAAGUGAAAACACUGUUUUCGCAACUGCUGGAACUGAUGGGUACGUCCGGAUCUGGGAUACGAGAUCCAAGAAACACAAGCCUGCUCUUUCUGUGGUUGCUUCUAACACUGAUGUUAACGUCAUUUCUUGGUGCAACAAGAUCAGCUACUUGUUGGCUUCUGGUCACGACGAUGGAUCCUGGGGCGUCUGGGAUUUGAGAAACUUCAAUGCCAAUACAACUCCUACUCCUGUAGCUAACUACGACUUCCAUAAGUCUGCCGUUACGUCCAUCUCAUUCAAUCCAUUGGACGAAUCAAUCAUUGCCGUUUCGUCGGAAGACAACACUGUCACUCUUUGGGACUUGGCCGUUGAGGCCGAUGACGAAGAAAUCUCUAAUCAAAGAAAAGAAACCAAGGAGUUGGAUGAUAUUCCUCCACAAUUGUUAUUUGUGCAUUGGCAAAAAGAUGUAAAGGACGUCAGAUGGCACAAACAAAUCCCAGGAUGCUUGGUCUCUACUGGUGGAGAUGGUUUGAACGUAUGGAAAACCAUUUCUGUCUGAGUAAAGGAGCACCUGAAAGUACCCACCUUCCCAUAUAUGCAUUGCUCCAUCAUUUGUACAGUAGUCUACCUUUAGAAUAUGUUAAUUAGAUCUUCUUGGAAAUAUAACUUCUUUCUCAGUUCAACGCUUGGCGUGCCUCGAUGAACAUAUACUUA